AAGUGUUCGGGUUGUGUGAGCGUGAUGAGUGUUGGUUCUGUACAUUUUCAGCAUUUAGCAGACGCUUUUAUCCAAAGCGACUUACAAUGAGCAAUUGAGGGUUAAGGGCCUUGCUCAGGGACCCAACAGUGGCAACUUGGUGGUGGCGGGGCUUGAACUGGCAACCUUCUGUUUACUAGUCCAGUACCUUAACCACUGAGCUAUCACUGCCCUAUACAGAAGUGAAUGUCGCUCAGCUGGUGAUGGCGGGUGGAGUGGUGUUGCGUGCUCUUCUGUACAGGUUCGCACCUAAACCUAAGCUGAACCCACACAGGACUCCCUGCCUCGGUGUCUCGCCCGUCCCUCCACCGUGGUUCCCGUGUUCAGCAGGCCGAUCUGUCCACGUGUGCUCGGUGCUCCUCGCCGGUCACAACAAAUGGUCCAAAGUCAAAGACAUCAAGAUCCCUAAAGAUGCUGCCCGGGCGCGAGUCAUCGCCAAGUAUACCAUGCUGAUCAGAGUCGCCGUCAGAGAGGGAGGAUCGAACCCGGAGUACAACAUCUCUCUGGCUCAGCUUGUGGAGCAGUGCAGGAACAAAAAUCUACCCAAAGCCACCGUAGAAGCUGCUAUUAAAGGGGCAGAGAAGUCGAAGGCCGGCGCGCGCUACCUGUACGAGGCGCGAGGACCCGGCGGAUCCAUGCUGCUCAUCGAGGUGGUGACGGACAACAACACCCGCUCGCACCAGAGCAUCAAACACGUCCUGACCAAAAACGGGGGGGCGCUGUGUGAAGGGGCGCGGCACCAGUUCGACAAGAAGGGCGUGAUCGCGGCGGACAGGGGCGGAAUGACGAUGGAACGGGCGCUGGAGCUGGCCAUCGAGUCGGGGGCCGAGGACGUGCACGAGGCCGAGGACGACGAGGAGAAACCCGUUCUGCAGUUCGUCUGUGACAUGAACUCGAUGAAGGCGGUCCGGGCGGCGCUGGAGACUCUGGGCGUUCGCACCCUGUCGGCGGGGGUGGAGUACAUCGCUAACUCCACCGCUCCUCUAGCGCUGGACCUGCUGGACUCCAGCGCCUCCCUGCUGGAGGCUCUCAGCGAUCAUCCGGACGUGGUCCGAGUCUGGGACAACAUCCAGCCGCUGGACUGAGCAGAAGGACCGCGUGAGAUGAACUCACAGAACCUGGAGGAGCUCUGAAGCUUCUCCUCCAUCACCUCCUUGUCCUCGGAAGUCGUGGCUGGAGCGAAAACCUGCAGGCCUUCAGCAGGCCGUCCGCGUAUUUAUGCUAAUUGUGUCUUCAAAAUAAAAGUAGAUUUAUAAUAAAA